GCUGCGGAUUGAAGACGCGUGUCCUCAGUGCAGCGGUUAAGCCCACGUCUUACACGCUGGAAUUCGGAUCUAAGGUCGCAGCACAGCCACCAUGCGAAGUCUCCUCACCUGUGCGUUGGUAGCGGCCUUCGCACCGCCCCAGAGGCGCUUAGCCCCACCCAGCCGCGUGCUCCGCAUGGCGGCGUCGGAGUCGCGCGGCAAGCGAGCACUGCGCUACUUAGCAGCGCCACCAAAAGGCGUGAAACGCGCCGUCAACUACAUAAGGGAGCGCGCGCCCGACGCGCAAACCACGAAACGCCUCGCGAAGGCCGUGGUCUGGACGACGGCCGUCUCCCCGUUAUUAGCGUCGGUCCAUCCCGCGCUCGCCUACGUCGGCUACCAGCAAGAAGAGAUGGACAAGAUGCGCGCCGAUAGUGGAUCCAUGAAGAUCGUCCUCCCGGCCGUCGUGUUCGGCGUCCUCUUCACAAGCGCUAGACAAGGCGCGAUCCAGAAGAAGGAGAUCAAACGGAUCAAGAGGGCUUACAAAAAAGUGCAGGAGGAGGAGGCCGAGUACAUGCAGGUCGACGGCAAGGCCGAGUCCGACGCCGACAUCAUGGCCUCGCUCCGGAACCGAACUGCCGCAUUGGGUGAUGAUGAUGAGGGCGACGACGACGCACCGGCGGGCGACGACGACCUACCACCGCCACCGCCGCCGCCGGCGCCCAAGAAGCGCAUGACCAUGGCCGAGAAGAUCGCUGCGAAACAAGCAGCCAUGCAGCAGAACAAGACCAAGGGUCUCUGAGUAAUGUCUUCCAUGCU